AUGUCUUAAUCACAUUUAAAAUGCACUUGCUAAUCCUUUAGACAAACUCAAACCUAUAGAGAAGAUCCUGGGUUGAUCGAGAAAUUGAAGGAGAGAUAAAUGGAAUUAGAAGAGAAAUUAUUGGAUUUCGAACAUAAGAAGGGUAAUUUGGAAAGAGAAAAUUUGAUGUUUGAAGAGAAUAUCAAAUUAGAAUUGCAAGGGUUAAAAGAAAACUAAGUGAUUCAACAAUAAUUAACUGAAGAACUGAGAGAUAAUAAAAUAUUAACUUAUAAGAAACAAAAUGAAUUGCAUUUAUUGGUGCAGAAUGUCCAUGAAAAUGAAGCAGAAAAGAAACAAUUAAUGAAUGAAAUGGAAUUCCUGAAAUAGUCAUUGCUUCACACUAAUGAAAAUCAACAACAAUUAGCCAAGAAGGAGGAACAUAUAAAAUUAUUAUUAAACCGCAUUUCAGAACUCGAACAGGGUAUAACUUAACUAAAAAGGGAAGUAUAAUAUUAAUGA